AUGUCAGACCCGUCUCUUCCUGUAGCGACACCCCCUACCCAGAAGCCCCCUCGGAUCAUCCGCCCGCGCCCCCCGUCUCGACCUCGGGCUGCCCAGUCCCCCGGGCCCCCCCACAACGGCUCUUCUCCUCAAGAACCUUCCGGCACCUCCAAUGAUGCACCAACCCCAAUGUGCUCCCCCAUCUUCUGGGAACCCCCCGCCUCUUCCCUCAAGCCCCCUGCCCUUCUGCCCCCUUCAGUCUCCAAAACCAGCCUGGACUCCCAGGCCUCCCCAGACUCCCCUCCCAGCACCCCCAGCCCGGCGUCCCGGCGCUCCAUCUCCCCGGAGCCUGCACCCAGGUCUCCAGUCCCUCCACCCAAACCGUCCGGGUCACCCCGCGCGCCUCUGCCCCCGCCCCACGCGGCCCCCCGGGGCCACGCCCAGGACGGCCCUGCCUCGGCCCCGGGCACGGUGCGGAGACUGGCUGGCAAGUUUGAAUGGGGGGCCGAGGACCGGGUCCAGGCGGCACACCCCGCGGAGCCAGCGCCCCAGGGGGGCGCGGAUGUGAAUGGGGAGAGAGAGACCCCGCGGGGCAGCCUCCGGAGAAGGGGAUCCCAGGAGAACGGCGCGCCCGAUGCUGCCCAGGCCUGCCCUCCCUGCUGCCCCUGUGUCUGCCACGUGGCCCGGCCGGGCCUGGAGCUCCGGUGGGUCCCUGUGGGGGGCCAUGAGGACGGUCCCAAGGCCGUCUGCCGAGCCUCCCCACUGCGGGCCUCCCGCUCCCGCCCCAGCCCUCCCAGCAACAGUCUCCCCUCAGUGGUCCUCACGUCCUACCGCUCCACUGCCGAGCGCAAACUCCUGCCACCUCUCAAACCCCCCAAACCAACCCGGGUCAGGCAGGACCCCACCAUCUCUGUGGACCCCCCUCAGCCUGAUCUCCAUGUGCCCUCUGAAGAUGGAAGCCAAACAGGGAUCAGUCCAGAUGAAGCCCCUCAGAACGAUGCUCCAGCAACCGUGGAGGGCAGGGAUGAGGGCCUGAAGGAGCUGAAGGAGCAGAACUGGGAGGUGCCGCUGCAGGAUGAACCCCUGUACCAGACCUACCGCGCGGCCGUGCUGUCGGAGGAGCUGUGGGGGGUCAGUACGGAGGGGAGCCUCUCUUCAGUGAGCUCUGGAGAAGCCCCCGCCUUCGCCCGGCUCCCUGGCCCUCGGAACACGCUGUGGCAGGAGCUGCCAGCCGUGCGGGCCAGCGGCCUCCUGGACACGCUCAGCCCCCAGGAGCGGCGCCUGCAGGAGAGCCUGUUUGAGGUGGUGACCUCCGAGGCCUCCUACCUGCGCUCCCUGCAGCUGCUGACCGACACCUUUGUGCGGAGCCAGGCCCUCCGGGACACGCUCACCCCCCGGGACCACCACACCCUCUUCUCCAACGUGCAGAGGGUCCAGGAAGUCAGCGAGUGGUUCCUCGAGGCGUUACUGUCCCGUGUACGCUCGUCCCCCCACAUCAACGACCUCUGCGACGUGGUGCAUGUCCACGCCGUGGGCCCCUUCUCCGUGUACGUGGAUUAUGUGCGCAACCAGCAGUACCAGGAGGAGACCUACAGCCGCCUAAUGGACACCAACGUGCGCUUCUCGGCGGAGCUGCGCCGGCUGCAGAGCCUCCCCAAGUGUGAGCGGCUCCCGCUGCCGUCCUUCCUGCUGCUGCCCUUCCAGCGCAUCACGCGGCUCCGCAUGCUGCUGCAGAACAUCCUCCACCAGACAGAGGAGGGGUCCAGCCGCCAGGAGAACGCCCAGAAGGCCCUGGGAGCCAUCAGCAAGAUCAUCGAGCGCUGCAGUGCUGAGGUGGGGCGCAUGAAGCAGACGGAGGAGCUGAUCCGGCUCACCCAGAGGCUGCGCUUCCACAAAGUCAAGGCCCUGCCCCUGGUCUCCUGGUCGAGGCGCCUGGAGUUGCAGGGGGAGCUGACGGAGCUAGGGUGCCGGAGAGGGGGCAUGCUCUUCACCUCGCGCCCCCGCUUCACCCCCCUCUGCCUGCUGCUCUUUAGUGACCUGCUGCUCAUCACGCAGCCCAAGAGUGGGCAGCGGCUGCAGGUGCUGGACUACGCCCAUCGCUCCCUGGUCCAGGCCCAGCAGGUUCCGGACCCAUCUGGACCCCCCACGUUCCGCCUCUCCCUUCUCAGCAACCACCAGGGCCGCCCCACCCAGCGGCUGCUCCAAGCUUCCUCCCUAUCAGACAUGCAGCGCUGGCUGGGAGCCUUCCCCACCCCCGGCCCCCUUCCCUGCUCCCCCGACACCAUCUAUGAGGACUGUGAAUGUUCCCAGGAUACGUGUUCAGAGCCUUCUACACCAGUCAAGACUGAGGGACAGAGUCCGGAGUCCAGGGCUGCCCCCAAGAACCUACACAAGAGCCCUGAAGGUUGGCUGAAGGGGCUUCCUGGCGCCUUCCCUGCCCAGCUGGUGUGUGAAGUCACAGGGGAACAUGAGAGGAGGAGGCACCUUCGCCAGCACCAGAGGCUCCUUGAGGCUGUUGGACCCUCUUCAGCAACCCCCAGUGCCCCCCAAUCCUAA